ACCCGAGAGAAGGUGCGCUCCGCCGGGACGCAGGAGGCAUAACGAGUCGGGGAGGAGGGAAUGAGAUUUCUUGCUACCCAAUCCCUCUGUUCCCCUGGGACAGCGAGCCUUCCCUGGUCCAUCCCUCCCUCUUGUUUGGUAAUCAUUUCAUUUUACUCCUUUUUGAAGCGGUCGCCCGUUUUAUCCCACUUUUCAUUUCGCAAUCCCGUGCGCGUCCGCUCUCCUUCUUUUUCUUCAGAGCAACUUCGGCUUUUUCUCUCCUCUUUCUCCCCGCGACGGGAAGGUCUGCUUGAUCCCGGCUGAUCGGCUCCUUUGAGAUGCUCCACAGCCUUCUCUCCACCCUCUUUUAACUAGAGACCGGUUAAUCUUGACUGAACUGAACUUGGGUUUGGAAUCUAAAAAGAAAGAGGGACACCCCAGAGGGAUACGACCGUGCGCGCGCGCGUCUUUUGGAUAAGGACCUCUUGUUGCACUUUGGGGAAGAUUUGUUCCCUUUCACUUGGUUUUUGUUAAUCCAGGUGGUGCGGGAGGAUUAUUCCACUCGAGCUGGUGUCCCCCCAGAAGGCUGUUUUCAUGUUCUCCAUCCAGGACGGUCUCCCCCGGGGAGCCUUGACCAUGAAAGAAGAGCCCCUCACGAGUGGCAUGACGCCGGUGCGCUCCUGGAUGCAGAGCGCGGGGAUUCUGGAUGCCAACACGGCUGCGCAAAGUGGUGUGGGUUUGGCACGAGCCCAUUAUGAGAAGCAGCCUCCCUCUAACCUGCGCAAGUCCAACUUCUUCCACUUUGUUCUGGCUCUGUACGACCGGCAGGGCCAGCCCGUGGAGAUCGAGAGAACCUCCUACGUGGACUUUGUGGAAAAAGACAAAGAAUACAAUGGGGAGAAGACCAACAACGGCAUUCACUACAGGCUCCAGCUCCUCUACAGCAACGGAAUCAGGACCGAACAGGAUCUGUAUGUGCGAUUAAUAGACUCCAUGACUAAACAGCCCAUCCUCUAUGAAGGCCAAGAUAAAAACCCAGAGAUGUGUCGCGUUCUGCUCACGCAUGAGAUCAUGUGCAGCCGGUGUUGUGACAAGAAGAGCUGCGGAAACCGAAACGAGACGCCAUCUGAUCCCGUCAUCAUCGACAGAUUUUUCCUGAAGUUCUUCCUGAAGUGUAACCAGAACUGUCUGAAGAAUGCAGGAAACCCCCGAGACAUGCGGCGGUUUCAGGUUGUGGUUUCCACUACAGUCAAUGUGGAUGGACACGUUCUGGCUGUUUCCGAUAACAUGUUCGUCCACAAUAACUCAAAACACGGCCGGAGGGCAAGACGCCUCGACCCUUCUGAAGCAGCCACUCCAUGCAUUAAAGCCAUCAGCCCCAGUGAAGGCUGGACGACUGGAGGAGCCACGGUGAUCAUCAUCGGGGACAACUUCUUUGACGGAUUACAAGUGGUCUUCGGCACAAUGCUGGUCUGGAGUGAGCUCAUCACUCCUCAUGCAAUCCGGGUGCAGACGCCGCCGAGACACAUCCCCGGCGUGGUGGAGGUCACACUCUCAUACAAGUCCAAGCAGUUCUGCAAAGGAGCCCCGGGACGCUUCGUCUACACCGCUCUGAAUGAACCCACCAUAGACUACGGCUUCCAGAGGCUACAGAAGGUGAUCCCGCGCCACCCCGGAGACCCCGAGAGGUUACCCAAGGAGGUUCUGCUGAAGAGAGCUGCAGAUCUGGUGGAAGCUCUGUACGGGAUGCCUCACAACAACCAGGAGAUCAUCCUGAAGCGUGCGGCUGACCUGACGGAGGCUCUGUACAGUGUGCCGCGGAGCCACAAUCAGCUGCCCUCUCUGACGGGCUCCAGCGCUCACUCCGGCAUGAUGGGAGUCAACUCCUUCAGCAGCCAGCUCGCCGUCAACAUUUCUGAGGCCUCGCAGGCGGACCAGGGUUACUCUCGUAACUCUAACAGCGUGUCUCCUCGCGGGUACGUGCCGAGCUCCACACCGCAGCAGUCCAACUACAACACCAUCACCUCCACCAUGAACGGAUACGGAGCCGCUGGAAUGACCAACCUGGGCGUGCCGGGAUCCCCGAGCUUCCUCAACGGCUCCGCUGCAAACUCUCCAUACGCAAUCACCCCCUCAAGUCCUCUGUUGGAGCCUCACUCCUCCAUCUGUCUGUCUGCGGGCCCUUUCUCAUUCUCUCCUGUCCAUAUGAUCUCUGCAGUCAAACAGAAGAGCGCCUUCGCGCCGGUCGUCCGGCCACAGAGCUCCCCGCCCCCCACCUGCACCAGCACCAAUGGGAGCAGUCUACAGGCUAUGGCCGGUCUGAUCGUCCCACCCAUGUGAACAUCUGAUCUCCAAAUAUCCGUCCAAUAUGUCUGAAGAACAUCACCAGUCCUGCCCGAAAAACUACUUCCACACAUCCGGAUCGACAAAGCAUUCGUGCAUCUGGCCUGAAAUGUUUGUGUUUGCCACUUUAUCUUUGGAGAACGCCGGACCAGGAUAAUAAUAAUAAUAAUAAUAAUAAUAAUAAUAAUAAUAAUAAUCUCACGUUUUUUUGUUAGCCUGAUGAUCCUCAUACUGUACGUCUGUCCUGUUUCUACUGUGAGAAGAGAGACUUUAUAACGUGAUUUUAAUUUCCUUUAUUUUUCCGUCAUCGGCACAAACUGGAAGCGUUCGGCGUGAUGUUUAUCCCCCAUCAGGAUCAUUUCUUCUCCUGUUUCUGUAGUUGAGUGUAGUUUGAGGUGUGUGGAUUGGUAGAUUUACAGUAAGCCAGGAAUGCAGUCUUAACCACAUUUAGGUACCAGACUUAUUGUCCAACUUCUUAUUGUGCUUUUUUUGUAUGUAUUUAUAAAGUUCGUUCCGGGGAUUUCUUUGGUGAGUUAGGCCUGAAUAAUAGUAUCAAAUAUCUAUGUCAACACAUUUGAUGUCUUAAUACCUUUUAGAUAUUGUAAAAAGAGUGACGAAUACAGCUUUUUUUGUAAAAACAGAAACUGACAAUGACAAAAAAAAGGUUGAUAUGUGAGUCCUGUUUUUUUAAAAAGCAGGGUUUCGAAGCUUCACCACUUUUGUAUAAAACAUGAAAGAAAACGCAAACAAACAAACGUUUUUCAAUCGUAUAUUUAAUGUUUUCUUUUUUGGCAAAAGCGCAUUUGUGUUCUUGUUCCUCCUCUUGUCUCGUGUGUUUUCGUGAAACGUGUAUUAUCAUAGUUAUUUCCUAAUGCACUAUUUUUGUUGAGGCACUUACAAGAGCUAUGUAUCUUAGCAAGCAGAAGAAAAUAAUAAUAUUAAUAUUAAUAAUAACAAUAAAAAAGAACAAAAAAAAAGGAAAACUUAAUCAAAUAUGCACCAGUAUGUUUUCAGACGAAUGUUUUGUUUUUUUAAUGGACCGCUCUGCUUUGGUCAUGCUAACUGAAAUGGCUAUUCGUUCCUCAUCAGAUUUUGUUGAUGUUUCUGAAAUGUUGCUCCUUAUUUUGCGUUAAAUGUUUGUUGUUUUGGCUUCUGGGGGUCAUAAUGUCAUAUUUGACAACAGAAGUGCAUCAUAUCAGUCUAAAACUGCAAAAUUGGAGCACGUUAUGACACAACACAGGCUCAUUGGAAAUACGUGCUUCACUGUACAUUACAGAAGCACACAAAACUUAUGUUUGCAAUAUGCAGGUAAAAUGAACACUAGGGGGCGGUAUAACAGCAACGACUUAUAUUUCUUUUCACACUCAUGAUAUUUACAGAUUAUUUUUGUGCAAUUCUUUGCACAACACCAAACAAAAACAACUUUAAAGUGUCUAUGAUUAGUAAUCGAACAUGUUUGCUUUUGCAAAUCUCCAUGAGGAUAACUUUUCUGGCAUUCAAGUCCAGUGAAGCACACUUCCAAAAAAAAAAGAUAAAAGCAACGUAAAAUCAAGGUAAAACUAUGUGGCCACAAUGCAGUUUUUGUUUGCAUUUUAUUUUGAAAACACCCUAGGUUGGGUUUGUGUAUGAAAAGCCUUGCCUUCUCAUAGACAUGUAGAAGAAGGAUGUCUAAAUGACACAUAUAAUAAAGAGCAGCCCAAGUAACAUAUUUUAGAUUCGCAAAAAUGUAGACAGCGCCCUCUAGUGGAUUUGACAUCUGAAACACACAACAAAAUGUAACUUUAAUAAAAUUUUCAGAUUAGCAAAAAUGUAGACAGCUCCCCCUAGCUAUUUGUUAUCUGAAACGUGCAAAAAAACCUUACCCUAAUUUACAUAUUUCAGAAUCAGAAAACGUAGACAGCGCCCUCUGGUGAAUUUGACAUAUGAAACAUGCAACAAAAUGUACACUAGUAACAUACUUCAGAUUCUCAACAAUGUGGAUAGCGCACUGUAGUAAAUCUGUCAUCUGAAAUGUACAAUAAAACAUACAGUAAGUAAUGUAUUUCAGAUUUCCAAAAAUGUAGACAGCGCCCUCUAGUGGAUUUGUCAUCUAAAACGUACAGCAAAGUGUACCCUAAAUAAUACUUUCAAAUUCACAAAAAUGUAGACAGCGCCCUCAAGUGUGGAUUUGACAUCUGAAACGUACAACAAAACAUACCUGAAGUAGCAUAUUACAACACAAUCUCACGGCAAUUCGUAACUUUUUGAUUUAGGGGCUAAUUUGUAUGAAUUCGUACGAUCUAAUUCGUACGAUUUGCUCAUCGCCCAAUGACGGUUGGGUUUAGGGGUGGGGUUAGGUGCCACGCCUCCUUUUUAAAAUCAUACAUUUCGUACGACUGAACUGGUAUGAAUUGGUACGAAUUAGCCACUAAACAGACAAAAUGUAAAAUACUUACGUUUCCUCGUGAGAUCAGGCUACAUAUUACAGGUUCGCAAAAAUACAGGCCGCGCCCUUUAGUGGAUUUGCCAUCUGAAACUUACAAAAUGUACCCUAAAUAAACAUUUAAAACUUCCAAAAAUGUAGACAGCGCCCUCUAGUGUGGAUUUAACAUCUGAAACGUACAACAAAAUGUACACUUAUAAUCUUUCACAUUCAUAACAAUGUACACAGCACCCUGUAGUGGAUUUAUCAUCUAAAACACACAACAAAACAUAUCCAAAGUACCAUAAUUCAGAUUCCAAUGAGUCUGGGUUGUUUUGAGGUGACGUCAGUGAGUUAUGCAAUCUGUAUUGAAAUGCAACUGGCGGUUCACAUUACAGUGGAUUAGCUGUGAAAUUAAAUAACGGAAGGAGAUCUAAUGAUGCCUUAAAAUAGGAAGCGCUCCAACACAGCAUGACUCAAACCACUAAUCAGAAAAAUAGCUUGUGUUUGUGAAAUCAAGGCUUCUGAAACAGCAAUGUUUUAUGGAAAAUAUGACUUGAAAUCUUCAUUUUUGUUUUUAAAAAGUCAUCUUGAGGUCUGUUUCUGUUUGUGAUGAUCAAAUAUCAGCCACUUUGACCACAUUUUUUAAUAUUCCAUGUGGAAAUCCGGCUUUUCCCGAAGCUGUGUGUUUGCUAGGAUUAAAUGUGAAAGGAAUUGUGGUUUUCUGAAGAGCUGUUUUAAUUUCACAGGUGACCUAAUUACUUCACUUUCAUUCUUUUGGGGUUUGGACAUAAAUAGGGUAAAGAAAAUACAAUCUGACAGUGCCCUAUUAUACUAAAACAGCUGAAUUCAAUCUCAAAGUUCACCGAAAACUCCACACACACACACACACACACACGCACACACACACACGCACUUGUCCAUCGGUUUCACCCAUGCAUUCACUUUCCUAAUAGCUUGUGAAAGGGUUUUUGUCAUAGAUGUAGAGAACCGGCUUCUGCUUUUCGUUUUCCAACCCUGUUUUCUUUGGAAAUGUGGAAGUGAAACGGAGAAGGUACUGCAUCUCUGUGAAAUAUGAAAUAUUAUAUCGAAAUAUAUCAAAGCACAAUGUUUAAUUAAUGUCUUUAGAAUUCAGAUAGGGAGAUGUAUUCUACUUUGCUUUUUUUUCUCUCUCGGACCAUGCUGUAAAUAAAUGCAUGUUUUUAUUUCGGUUUUAUUGAUUUUUGUUUAGUUUUUUCUUCUUCCUGUGAUCCCGUGCUUUUUGUACAGAAACUGAAAAAUAAAGAUUACAUUUGGC